AUGCUGCACGUGACUGUAGGACGAACACCCGCAACGGAUCGUGGCGCUGCGCUGGGCGGCUGGCACGGCGAGCUGGUCUCUUGCAUCGCUGCACUCGUUCAAGACGAACUCAUUGGCCCUUACACCACCCGGUUUCUGCACGCGCGUUGCAUGAAAGCUCUCGACGCCUGUCGAGUGUUUGCGUUUUUGAGUCCUCUCAACCAGCAAAACAGCGGGACUGGCGCGAGCGAUUCGACGCCGCACAAGGCGGACUGGAGGACAACGGCGUGUGGCGGACGACACUUACAGCUACAAGUGCCACAUGGGACAACGUGCCCGGCCGACCCCGCGCUGCCGCAGUUCCAGGGCAACAUCGACGAGGGCAUCUGCAACGCGUGGUUCUCGAAGGGCAGGGAGGCGGAGUUGGCGGCGAGAGUGCGGUUGAACGCGCACGCGGCGAGUAGAGAGCCUCUUGAAGACAAUCAGCACCAUCAGCACCACCAUGCCCACGACCACGACCACCCGCACGAGCAUGCCCACGUCCAUGCCCACGAUCUGUCCGACGUCGACAUGGAUGCGGACGCCCAGCUCGUGCAGACACGCGAUGGUGCGCAGGAGGCCCUUGGCCGAGACCCCGACACGGUGCUCAACGAGGUGAUGGCCGACGCAGGCGUGGAAGACGAGGACGAAUACGCAGAUGACGAAUCCGAAGAUGAGAUCAAGGAGUACAUCCACAACACCUGCAAUGGCACCCUCCCGCGGCACGGCCAGACGUGGAACUACUACCGCUUCUACGGCCGCGUGCGCAAGUGGGACGGGCUCAUCGCGCUUGUGCGCGUCCACGUCAAGGACCGCGGCCUCGGGAUGUACAUCUUCAGGGGAUACCUCAUCGGCGGGCUGAACUCACCAGCAGCUGGCGCUCGUAUGCGCAGAACCCCAAUGUGA